AUGGAACGGUUCUACCAUGAGAAUGCUGCUCUGUACCAGACCAUGGUCGCUAGACUGAAGCCUCCGCCUCCAUCUCGGGCGGUCAAGGUAGCAACAGAGACGCCCAGUCCAGAUAUCAUUGUCAGCGCGAGGAUUCGGCCUCUCCUGAAUGAGGACGUCGACGCCGGUUUCCCCUGUGCCGUCUUCCCGCGCGCGGCCGAGACCGGUCGGGUAGAUGUCCACGAUCUCUACAACCACCCAAAGGGGCGGCCUAUACUCAAGGUAGGCCCCAUUCUGUCCCACUGCUGGCUGCUGCCUAAUCGCGGCCUCUGUCAGUCGGUCGCCUACCAGGUAGACAGACUCUUCAACGCCGAGGCAACUACCGAAGAGGUUUACGAGGGCCUCGUCGAGGACCUGCUUCCCACCGCGUGGCAUGGCGGCUUCGGAACGCUGUUCGCCUACGGCCAGACCGGCUCCGGCAAGACGACUACUGUCAGCGGGCUUGAGCAGCUCAUAGCUGAGAAGCUGAUGGACCAGAGUUCCGACGGUCAGAGGCAGCUCUACAUGACCAUCAUCGACCUUGCCGGGAACUCGGCCUACGACCUGCUCAACUCGCGCGAGCCCAUUUCAAUCCUGCAGGAUUCAUUCGGGGACACCCAACUCGCCGGGGUGACCGAACACCCGGUGCAGGACAGAGACGAGGUCACGGGCCUGAUUGAGCGUGCAGCGUCCUUUAGACGUACAGCACCCACCUUCAAGAACGACGCCUCGUCGCGGUCGCAUGGCAUAUGUCGCAUCCGCAUGAAGAACCCUACCACCGACACAGACGGGCUUCUGUACCUGGUUGACCUGGCGGGUUCCGAAGCUGCUCGCGAUGUCGCCGUGCACGGAGCCGACCGCAUGCGCGAGACGCGCGAGAUCAAUAUGAGCCUGUCGGUGCUGAAGGACUGCAUCCGCGGCAAGGCUAAGUCGGCCGCCCUCGCACUCUCGGACGGCUCAAAAUCGAAGCAGAGGAAACCACACAUACCCUUCCGCCAGAGCGCAUUGACGCGGGUCUUGAAACACGUCUUUGACACUGCUGGUGGCCGAGCCUGCAAGACGGUCGUUGUGGCCUGCAUUAAUCCCAGCCUUGCUGAUGUAGGACCGAGCAAGAACACGCUGCGAUACGCCGAGAUGCUGCGUGUUCUGGUGCCCAUGCCGAAGAACAAGGACACAAAGGCCGUCAGUAUCCCUGAAACACUUUCGUCGUCUGCUGGUGACUCGGUGGACACUGACACCGUUCCGCGCCGCUUGGGACUCCCUGGCAACCCGUCCAGCCGGGACUUGGAUCCUACGAGGACCUCGGUGUCAUUCAAAGAGCGCAUCCGGCCGGGUAUGGUGGUCAGCUGGAAGCAAUCCACCGGUCGUGACUUGGCUCUCGACACCCCGGACGAACCCAACUUGGCAGCGGUACUCUGCCCUGCCGAGAUGGCGCGAGAUACUACCCUAGGCGUCAUUCCCAAAUCAACUCUAGUAGAGUUGAUUUGCGCACGGACCCGCACGUGGCGGGAGCUGGCGCGUGCACGGUGA